AUGUGGAAACGCUAUGCUUUAUUAAAUAAUUAUUUGCGUGGAUUUCGUCCAUCAGAAAUUACAAUUUUAAGUGGUGGAAGUUAUGGCAAAACAACAUUUAUGUGCGAAUAUGCUAUGGAUCUUUUUACUCAAGGAAUUCGAACACUUUUUUGUAAUUUUGAAAUGCCCGAAGAAAAGAUUCUCAAAUGGAUGAUUAUUCAAUUUGCUGGUCCUUCUCACGUGCGCAGCCUUGCCCGUUCCCGAACUUUUACUACUCGAACAAAAGUUCCUCUUCAACAACGCCAAGAUCAUUCAGCAGUAGAAAUGUGGUUGGAUCGAUUUGAAAGAACUCAUAGCGAUUUGAUAAUAAUGAAAACUGAAGAAUUUCGAGAUAAAACAUUAAAAGAAAUUGCCGAUGCAAUUAGAGAACAAACUUUGGCUUGUGGUACUCAACAUUUGCAAGCACUUGUUGAUAUGGCUACAGUGAAUAUUGACCCAAUGACGGCAGCAGAAAGAACACAUCAACAGGAUCGAUUUGUUGGAAUGUUACGGAGAAUGGCAAACGCGCAGGAAUUACAUAUUACUUUGGUUGUACAUCCUGUUAGAGAACCAAAUGAGCAAGGCUAUUAUGAACUUCAACAUAUUGGAGGGCCUUCUGCAAAAAUAACUCAAGAGGCAGAAAAUGUUUUGGUUAUUCAAAGACGAAGAGAAACUGAUGAUCGGAGGAAGUUUCGAAAGUUUCUUUAUAUUCUCAAAAAUCGUUUUGGUGGAAGAUGCUUAGAAGUGGAUCAGAUUGAAAUGCUUUUCCAACCAUCAACACUAAUCCACUCUUUAGUGGAAGUGUCGAGAUGA